GAAGUUCAAGGUGAAACUCAAGAAGAAAGAAAGGGUCGCUUCUGCUUCGGUGAGGUUCGAGAGGGACGAUGCUACCGGAUUGGUGAUAGCGAGCUUCAAAAUAGAGACGGGGAAGAGAGUUGAAGCGCCGAAGGUGAAGUACGAAAGCCCAUGGUUACACGCGGUGAAGCGAGAGGACGAAUCGGGAGAAUUUUUGGAGUUUCAUCCGGUUAAAAAGGAUAGCAGAAAAUUUGAAGACUUCGUCAAUCACGUUGCUGGGGAUAUCUACCUUGAAAGGCAUUUUAAGGCUAUGUUGA